AUGCAGCGCGCUCUUUCCUCCGCAGUCCGCUCUUCUCUGUCGUCCUCAUCAUCCCCAUACUCCCGAACAGCUGGCCGAAGUUUACAACAGCUGCGGUUUGCUCACAAGGAGCUUAAGUUUGGCGUCGAGGGACGAGCACAGCUGCUCAAGGGCGUGGAGACGCUGUCAAAAGCUGUUGCAACCACACUUGGUCCCAAGGGUCGGAAUGUCCUGAUUGAAUCAAGCUACGGCUCUCCCAAGAUCACAAAAGAUGGUGUCACUGUCGCUAAAGCUGUGACACUCCAAGACAAGUUUGAGAACCUGGGUGCCCGACUCAUCCAGGAUGUCGCUUCCAAGACCAACGAAGUCGCCGGCGACGGCACAACAACCGCAACUGUCCUCGCCAGCGCCAUCUUCUCCGAGACGGUCAAGAACGUUGCUGCCGGGUGCAAUCCCAUGGACUUGAGAAGAGGAACACAAGCAGCCGUCGAAGCAGUCGUCGACUUCCUGCAGAAGAACAAGAAGGACAUCACCACCAGUGCCGAGAUUGCCCAAGUUGCGACGAUUUCUGCCAAUGGCGACACUCACGUCGGCAACUUGAUCUCGAAUGCCAUGGAGAAGGUGGGCAAGGAGGGCGUCAUCACUGUCAAGGAAGGAAAGACCAUCGAGGACGAGCUUGAGGUCACCGAGGGUAUGCGCUUCGACCGCGGCUUCACCUCGCCCUACUUCAUCACCGAUACCAAGUCCCAGAAGAUUGAAUUCGAGAAACCUUUGAUCUUGCUAUCCGAGAAGAAGAUCUCCGCCGUCCAAGACAUCAUUCCCGCGCUCGAGGCGUCUACUCAGAUGCGCCGACCCCUGGUCAUCAUCGCCGAGGACAUCGAUGGAGAGGCUUUGGCUGUCUGCAUCUUGAACAAACUGCGUGGUCAACUCCAAGUGGCCGCAGUCAAGGCUCCAGGCUUCGGUGACAACCGCAAGAGUAUCCUGGGUGACAUUGGAAUCCUGACAAAUGCCACCGUCUUUACGGACGAGUUGGACAUCAAGCUGGAGAAGGCUACACCUGACAUGCUCGGCUCGACCGGCAGCAUCACCAUCACCAAGGAAGACACCAUCAUCCUGAACGGCGAGGGUAGCAAGGAUGCGAUUGCGCAAAGAUGUGAACAGAUCCGCGGCGUCAUGGCCGACCCAAGCACCUCCGAAUACGAGAAGGAGAAGCUACAAGAGCGUCUUGCCAAGCUGUCCGGCGGUGUCGCCGUCAUCAAGGUCGGCGGUGCCUCUGAAGUCGAGGUGGGUGAGAAGAAGGACCGUGUUGUCGACGCGCUGAACGCCACCCGCGCCGCCGUGGAAGAGGGUAUCCUGCCUGGCGGUGGUACUGCCCUCAUCAAGGCCGCUGCCAAUUCUCUGGGCACCGUUAAACCCGCCAACUUCGAUCAACAGCUUGGUGUCAGCAUUAUCAAGAAUGCCAUCCAACGACCUGCUCGUAAGAUCGUCGAAAAUGCUGGCCUUGAGGGCAGUGUUGUCGUGGGCAAGCUUAUGGACGAGUAUGCCCAGGACUUCAACAAGGGCUUCGACUCGGCCACGGGCGAAUUCGUCGAUAUGCUCAGCAAGGGUAUCGUCGAUCCUCUGAAGGUCGUCCGCACUGCGCUCGUGGAUGCCUCCGGCGUUGCAUCACUACUGGGUACGACGGAAGUCGCUAUCGUUGAUGCGCCGGAGGAGAAGCCUGCUAUGCCAAUGGGCGGCGGUAUGGGAGGAAUGGGUGGUAUGGGCGGAUUCUAG